GGCGCGGCCAUGGAGCCCUGGGUGCGCUUCAGCGCGCAGAGCCAGGCCAGGGAGCGGCUCCUGAGGGCCGCGCAGUACGCCUGUGCGCUGGCCGCGGACACGCUGCGGAGGAACGGGGCAAGCGCCGAGGCCCUGGCGAGCGUCCGGCAGCUGGAGGCGCACCUCGGCCUGGGCCGCAAGCUGCUGCGCCUCGGCAGCGCCGCGGAGGCCGUGGAGGCGGCCAAGCGGGCCAUGCACCUCUCGGACACGGUGCUGCGGUUCUGCGUCACCCUCGGCCACCUCAACAGGGCCUUGUACCUGGCCUGCGACAACGUGCUCUGGGCCGGCAAGAGCGGGCUCGUCCCCAGCGUGGACCAGGAGAAGUGGAGCCACCGGUCCUUCAGGUAUUUCCUCUUCGCGCUGGUGCUGAACCUGAGCCGCGACGCCUACGAGCUCCGCAUCCUGCUGGAGCGGGAGGCGGGCGGGAAGCGAGCCAGGGCCGGGGACAGCGCGCUCCAAGCCCGGGCUGAGACCCGGCCCCAGCAGCUGGCGCUGAGGCUGCAGCUCCAGCUCCGGCUCCUGCUCCGAGUGCUCCGCAAGAACCCGCCGCUGCUGUUGGACCUGGUGAGGAACCUCUGCGACCUCUUCAUCCCCCUGGACAAGCUGGGGCUCUACCGGACCAGCCCCGGCUUCGUGGGGCUCUGCGGCCUCACCUCCUCCGUGCUCUCCAUCCUCACCAUCCUGCACCCCUGGCUCAAGCUGAAGCCUUGAGCUCUGCCGCCGGGAUACGCGGGGUCAUUCCUUGGCUGCGGCAGCUUGGACCAAUGGGAUGCAGUGGGAAUUCACCUCCUGCUGCCUGUGGUGCCAUUGAGGAAUGGGAGAACUCCAUGGACCUAAACGUGGUUCUUUUCCCCAUCGACUUCCCCAGCUCUUUUAAGGGGGUUGAUGUCCCCGUUUUCCUCUUCAGAGGGAAUCUCCCAAACUGGAUCCAGCCGAAAGAGCUGGAAGAGACUCCCUGGGUGCUUCUCCCAGGCUUGAGGGGGUUAAACCAUGGGGUGGGAUGAGGUGGGAUGCAUCCAACACCCCUUUGGAUGCUGCAGGGAGUGGCCCCAGAUGAGCCGGGCUGGAUUUGGGGUGCCUUGGAGCUCUAUGGAUUCACCCCGCUGCACUUUGCUGCCCACAUAUUCUCCUAGGGGCUUUUCCUUGAGAUCAGUCCAGGUGAGGGCAGCUCCGUGCCGUGAUUCCCAUUGUUCCCAUCAGCUUGUUCUGCUGCCUCACUGGUUUUAUCCAUUUCUCUUGGGGUUUAUGGCACUGUCCAGGGCAGGCAGCAGCAUUCCGGCUCUGAGGAAUGGGGCUGGGAAUUCCCAGCAACAGAGAGGGAAAAGUGUUAGGAAUGGGAUGAGGAGCUUUGGACUUUGACCCUGGAAUGGGGUUCGGGAAGCUCUGAUGCUCCGAGGUACCCCCAGAGUGCUAUUAAUAAAUAGUCUGUACAUGCGUUA